GUCUCGGGUCCUGAGGCCACUGGCGGACUAUGGGUACAACAGCAAGCACAGCACAGCAGACAGUCUCGGCUGGCACCUCUCUGGAGGGCCUGCAAGGCAGCAGCACCAUGGAUGGCAGGCAUUCACUCAGUGUGCAGCCCUUCCACACCACAGGCUUGCACAACAGCAAGGCCAAGUCCAUCAUCCCCAACAAGGUGGCCCCCGUUGUGAUCACGUACAAUUGCAAGGAGGAGUUCCAGAUCCACGAAGAGCUGCUCAAGGCCCAUUACAGGAUGGGCAGGCUCUCAGAUGCCACCCCUGAGCACUAUUUAGUGCAGGGUCGCUACUUCCUGGUACGUGAUAUCACUGAGAAGAUGGACAUGCUGGGCACUUUGGGGAGCUGUGGGGCUCCCAACUUCCGGCAGGUGCAGGACAGGCUCCCUGUGUUUGGCAUGGGACAGCCCAGCCUCUUGGGGUUCAGGAGGGUCCUGCAGAAACUCCAGAAGGAUGGGUACAAGGAGUGCAUCAUCUUCUGUGUGCGGGAGGAGCCUGUGCUGUUCUUGCGGGCUGAGGAGGACUUUGUGUCCUACACACCUCGAGACAAGGAGAGUCUUCAUGAGAACCUCAGGGGCCCUGGGCCGGGGGUCAAGGCCGAGAGUCUGGAGCUGGCCAUCCGGAAAGAGAUCCAUGACUUUGCCCAGCUGAGAGAGAACGUGUACCACGUGUACCACAACACGGAUGACCUGCGUGGGGAGCCUCACACUGUGGCCAUCCGAGGUGAGGACGAUGUGCACGUGACCGAGGAGGUGUUUAAGCGGCCGCUGUUCCUGCAGCCCACCUACAGAUACUAUCGUCUCCCCCUGCCAGAGCAAGGGGCCCCCUUGGAAGCCCAGUUUGAUGCCUUUGUCAGCGUCCUCCGGGAGACCCCCAGCCUUCUGCGACUCCGAGAUAGCCACGGGCUUCCUCCUGCCCUCUUGUUCAGCUGCCAGUCAGGUGUGGGAAGGACCAACCUGGGCAUGGUCCUGGGUACCCUUGUGCUGUUCCACUACAGUAGAACCACUUCCCAGCCAGAGGAUGCCUCCUUGCUGACCAAACCCCUGCCCAUGGAGCAGUUUCAUGUGAUCCAGGGCUUCAUCUGCAAGGUGCCCCAGGGGAAGAGGAUGGUAGAGGAGGUGGAUCAAGCUAUCACUGCCUGUGCAGAAUUGCAUGACCUGAAGGAAGAGGUCCUAAAGAAACAGAGGAAGCUUGAAGGCAUCAGGCCGGAUAGCCCAGAGCAGGGUAGUGGUAGCCAUCAUGCUAUCCAGCAGAAGGCGCUGUGGAGCCUGGAGUUGUACUUCUAUCUGAUCCUAUUUAACUACUAUCUGCAUGAGCAGUACCCCCUGGCCUUUGCCCUCAGUUUCAGUCGAUGGCUGUGUACCCACCCUGAACUGUAUCGUCUGCCGGUGAUGCUGAGUUCAGUGGGGCCCAUGGUUCCUGGGGACCUCAUCGCCAAGGGCUCCCUGGAAGCAGAUGAUCUUGUUUCCCCGGAUGCACUCAGCACCGUCCGAGAGAUGGAUGUAGCCAACUUCCGGCGUGUACCUCGAAUGCCUAUCUAUGGUACCGCCCAGCCCAGUGCCAAGGCCCUAGGCAGCAUUCUGGCCUACCUGUCUGAUGCCAAGAGGAAGCUACGGCAGGUGGUCUGGAUUAACCUGAGGGAGGAGGUUGUAUUGGAGUGUGAUGGUCGCAUGCACAGCCUGUGGCCCCCCGGGCCAACCCUGGCCCCUGAGCAGCUGGAGGCCCUGGAGGCCCAGCUGAAGGCCCACCUGAGUGCUCCAGCCCCCAACACCAAGAGCCCUACCACCCCCAGGUUCCAGAAGUGCCUGACCACGCAGGAGGUCUUUAGCCAGCAUCAGGGGGCCUGCCUGGGCCUUACCUACCACCGGAUUCCUGUGCCAGACUUCUGCGCCCCCCAGGAGGAGGACUUUGACCGGCUUCUUGAGGCCCUGCAGACCGCUCUCACCAAGGACCCAGGCACAGGCUUCGUCUUCAGCUGCCUUAGUGGCCAGGGCCGAACCACAACUGCCAUGGUGGUGGCUGUGCUGGCCUGCUGGCACGUCGGGGGCUGCCCUGAGGUGGGCGAGGAGGAGCUAGUGAGUGUGCCUGAUGCCAAGUUCACCAAGGGCGAGUUUCAGGUGGUGAUGAAGGUGGUCCAGCUGCUGCCCGAUGGCCACCACGUGAAGAAGGAGGUGGAUGCGGCUUUGGACACCGUCAGUGAGACCAUGACACCCAUGCACUACCACCUGCGGGAGAUCAUUAUCUGCACCUACCGGCAGGCAAAGGCCACCAAAGAGGUACAGGAAGCUCGGAGGCUGCAGCUGCGGAGCCUGCAGUUCCUGGAGCGGUACAUCUACCUGAUCCUCUUUAACGCCUACCUCCGCCUGGAGAAGGCUGGCUCCUGGCAGAGGCCCUUCAGCACCUGGAUGCGGGAGGUGGCAGCCAAAGCUGGCAUCUACGAGAUUCUCAAUCAGCUGGGCUUCCCUGAGCUGGAGAACACGGAGGACCAGCCCCUGGCAAGGCUCCGCUACCGCUGGCAGGAACAGAGCCGAGACCCAGAGCCCUGUGAUGCUGGGGACUUCCUGUAGGCCUUCCUCUUGCUCCUUGCCCAGGCAGGCUGGGGGCCUGAGGUUCUCAUUGCUUCAGAUGGAUACUUGCCGGCUUCCUGGAGAUCCUGAGGGCCUGAGGGCUUUUGGAUAGAGGUUUUUGUAGGAUUUGUAGAUGGCACAGCUGUUCUCUGUAAACCCUUGGGGUGUGUAAUGGACUCUGGCAAGGCCCAGCAUGUGUACCUCACAAACCAGCUGGCGCACAGCCUUCAGGGAGCUCACUAUCCAAACAGUCACUAUCACUGUCCCCUUCUCACUAUUGGUCACCAGACUGCCUAGGUGGGCAGCAGGCUGGGCAUAUUUUCACUCCCUUCCUCUGGCUGGCUUGCUCUUGCUUCUCACUCUUUCAUCCUGAGCAGUUGCCUGAGGGCGGUGAGGAGGAUGGUGAGCUGGGCAGGUCUGUGUUAAAGGCAGCUCUGUCGCCAGCCUGGAAGCCUGUGAACAUGGCUCUACCACUCCCACCCUUCUUUCCCCAUUUCCUUCCCUAGGCUGGCAGAGGUGAAUGUUUCCCAGUUGGAAAUAUCAGGAAAAGGGCUUGUGGAGGCCACUGAGGCAGUGAAGAAGCGGGUUUGUUAGAAACCUAUUGGCAGGACCUAGGGUCACUCACAGGAGAGACUUGUGAAUAGCAGAGGGUGAGACAGGGUCUCGGCGGCUUGCUGGGCCUCAGAUUCCAGGUCCACUCUUGCCAGGAUCCUGAGCUGCUUUCCUGGGACGCCACUGAGCAGUUUCAUUCACACAGCGGAAGAUGGGCAUAGAAGGCCUUGUUCGGUGAGUCUUAGCUGAGAUUGCAGUUUGUGGCAACCAGUGCUUGAACACCCAGGAGCCUGGCUACCUGCUUCACUCUUUGAGGGACAGGGUUGAGUCUCUGGGCUCCUGUCCUUGAGUGGAAAGGACCUGUCAGCUGUUAGCUGUGAUAUUUGAAGAGGCUGAAGUUGUUUCCAGCCUGGAGAAGUGGUAACCCUCUUAGCUGAAUUCUUUUGCAAGCUGCUGUAUGUCUGUUCACAGCUUCUCAGGUUUGCUGGUGUCUGUUUUAUGCAUGUCAGUUUUUUUUUUUAAAAAGGUCUAGCCAAGGAGUCAGAGACCAGAGAGAAUAUCCUUUACACUAUCAUGGUUGACACUGACUUGGAGGUAUGCUGGGACCAGUGGCAGAUUGCUCUGCCUCAGUUUCCUUGUCUGUAAAAUGGGAGAAUAAUACUUAUUUUACUACCUACCUCACAGGGGUGUUGUGAGGAAUCCUUUAUGGUUUUUUUGUUUUGUUUUGUUUUGUUUUGUACAGAGCUUUUGAGCAUUAAAAACAGUAUAAAC